ACACAAUUAUUCCCAUGUAAUAAUUAGAUUAUGUGAGAGUUCUCAAUGCUUGAGCCCCUGAAAAAAUUGAUCUGUAUUGACACACACACACUAAUGUAGGAAGAUUUUGAAACCCCCCCAUUAUAGAAAAGAACUCAACCUUUGAUAGGACUCUCUACAUUUCCAACAGAAAAAAAAUUAAAAAAAAAAAGGCCACCCCACCCCGCCAGACCCCCCACACCCAACCUUCAUUUUCAUUUUCAAGAACUCAUUUUCUUUAUAUGUUAAUGGCCAAUCCCAACUCUGCAUAACUUUCUGCAACUGUCAUAACAUAUAUAUAUAGAGACAUACAUUAUUACAUUUACACCUCCAUUAUCAAGAACUCAUUUUUGGUAUGAUAAACAAAACCCCUUAUGUUUAUCGUUUGUUUAUUGUUAUUUGUUAUGCAAAGAUUGAAUCCUUUUGGGUUAAAAGUGUGAUUUUUGGCUUUUCUUCGCAUUUCUGAUGUGGAUCUGAUCUGGGUUUUUGGUCUUUUUGUGUUUCAUGUUGGAAAUGUUUUGAGAAUUUUGAAUCUUGAUUUGCAAAUUUGGUGUGUUUUUGCAGCGUGAUCUGAGGAUUUGGAUUGUUUUGGUUUGGUUUAUAAGGGAAUAGAGAGUUGGUGUUUGGGAGUUGGCAUUGUUUGGAUUGGUGGUGUAUGUGUGUGAAUUGUGAGUCAUUGGUGGUUGAUGUGCCAUAAUCUUGUAGGAGGAGGGACUUUUUACUGAUCUGCAUUUGCUUGUUUUAGUUGGUUGUGGAGACUUGUGGGAUUGAAAUUUUUCCUGAUUUAUGAUCUUGAUUUAGUUUGGUAUGAUUGGGGAAUUUCCUUAUGUUGAGCUUAGAUAGUUGUUUAAACAAAUGCCAGUUGAAAUUGUUUGGAUUUUGGGUGAUAUAUAUGGGAGAUGGUCUCUGAUGAUAUAUUACACUUUUCAUAGUUGUUUGGAGGUUCAGGUUGAAGCAAUAGCUACUACCACCUAGUGGUGUUUACUCAACUCGAGAUUUUUCUAAGGGGUUCUUGAAACUUGGCCAUGAGAAGCCCUUUGCUUAAUAAACUAUCAUUAAUUUUCGGCCCUAGACCGCCACUCAACUGGAUACUCUUGUGUCUGGUUAGUGUCUUUGUGCUAAUAGCAUUGUUGGGAUCAUCUUCUACUACCUUUGACUUGGUGACAUCCUCUGCAAAGCCUGAUAUCUAUGCGAAUUAUAGAAAGCUAAAGGAGCAAGCAAGAAAUGAUUAUUUAGAGCUAAAGAGCAUUUCUCUGGGAGCUAACCGGAUAAAGGAUGUUGGUCUUUGUGGGAAGGAAAGAGAGAAUUAUGUGCCUUGCUACAAUGUAUCUGCAAACUUGUUCGCUGGGUUUAAAGAUGGGGAGGAAUUUGAUCGGCACUGUGAGUUAUCGCAAGAAUACCAAGAUUGCUUGGUUCGUCCUCCCAAGGAGUACAAGACUCCACUGACUUGGCCAUCAGGUAGGGAUGUCAUAUGGAGUGGAAAUGUGAAGCUAACCAAAGAUCAGUUCCUUUCUUCCGGAAGCAUGACAAAGAGGUUAAUGUUAUUGGAAGAGAACCAAAUUGCUUUCCAUUCAGAGGAUGGAUUGAAUGUUGAUGGUGUCAAUGAUUACUCUCACCUUAUUGCGGAGAUGAUUGGGCUGGGAAGUGAUUCAGAGUUUCUUCAAGCCGGUGUGCGCACCGUGCUGGAUAUUGGUUGUGGAUUUGGUAGCUUCGGUGCCCGCCUACUCUCACUGAAGUUGAUGGCUCUUUGUGUGGCAGCGUAUGAGCCAUCUGGUAGCCAAGUUCAGUUAGUCCUCGAGAGAGGACUUCCAGCUGUCAUUGGCAGUUUCAUUUCGAAACAGCUUCCACUUCCAUCAUUGUCCUAUGACAUGGUUCACUGUGCUAAAUGUGGAAUCAUUUGGAAUAGCAAAGAUGGGCUGUUUCUUAUUGAAAUUGACCGUUUACUCAAGCCCGGAGGUUACUUUGUUUUAACCUCACCAACAACCCAGCAGCAGCAUAGUAGGACUACCAGUGCAAACAAGGGAAGCAGUCCACUGGAAGAAUUAACUAAGAAACUCUGUUGGUCUCUUUUGGCCCAGCAAGAUGAAACUUUUAUUUGGCAGAAGACUGCUGAUUCUCAGUGUUAUACAUCCAGGCAGGGUGAGAUACCAGUUUGUAAAGGAAAUGAUAUGCAAAUAUACUACCAACCACUUGCACCCUGUAUAUCUGGGACAACGAGUCAACGGUGGGUUCCAAUUCACAGCAAAUCCGAUUCCCUGAACUCAACUGAGCUUGAAAUUAACGGGAUCCAGCCUGAUGAUUUCUUCGAGGAUUCAGACUUCUGGAAAUUAGCUCUGAGAAAUUAUUGGUCUUUGCUCUCACCCUUGAUUUUCUCUGACCAUCCUAAAAGGCCAGGUGAUGAUGAUCCAUUACCUCCAUAUAAUAUGGUACGUAAUGUCAUGGACAUGAAUGCUCACUAUGGCGGUCUUAGCGCUGCAUUGAUGAAGGAAGGAAAAUCGGUAUGGGUGAUGAAUGUGGUUCCUCUUGGGAUGCAUAAUACACUUCCUCUCAUACAUGAUCGAGGUUUUGCCGGUGUUCUGCAUAACUGGUGUGAACCCUUUCCUACAUAUCCCCGAACAUAUGAUUUGCUCCAUGCAAACAGGCUCCUUUCCCAUAUUGCUUCACAAAGAUGCAGUAUGUUUGAACUACUUCUGGAGAUGGAUCGUAUUUUAAGGCCUGAGGGAUGGGUUAUUCUUUCUGAUACAUUGGGUCCAAUAGAGAAAGCACGCGCAUUAGCUGCCCAAAUCCGCUGGGAAGCCAGGGUGAUCGACCUACAGAAUGGAAGUGACCAGCGACUACUUGUAUGCCAAAAACCAUUCGUGAGGAAGUGAUGUUCUGCAAAAUGCAUUAUUUCACCAAUCCAUCGACUGCCCAGUCCUUUUUAACGCUGGUACUUUCUUAACUUCUCAUGUAAAAGAGGAAUAAGUAUGAAUGAAAAAACGAAGUUGCACCCGAAGAGUAGUUGCUGCUUUUACUCUCCUUCCUGCCAUUAUUUUGUGAAGUGGACCACACUUUGAUCUUUACCAGGCCACAAGCUGCGCGGUGACGUCUGAAUCUUGAUCUACUUAUUGAUGGAUAAUAUGGUUCUCACAAAGAUGAAACUAUAAUUUUUUGGAAGUUGAUGAAUAUAUAUAGAGUGCUUUGCUUCAUUGGUAGUAGUUAGCAGCACACAAAAGAAGAUUUUUGGCCUUAUUUUUUUACAAUAUUUAUGUAGCAAUUCUUUCAUCUCAUUUCUUCUCUUUUUUUUUCUUUUUCCAAUUUUCAAUUCAUUCUGAAUUUUGUAAUUGAAUCAUGUCUUGUACUGAAGAACUGUCCUUACUGAGCAAGAGUGUUGUUGGAAUCAAUCAUAAAGAUGGCACUUAACCAAAUUCUUCAAUAAUUUGGCAUUUCAUCA